GCUUUUUCUUUCGUUCGAUUGUACGACCUACGUUGUUGAAAAGAUAAAACAGAUCACAAGUUGUAGAUCAUCUUCAGCAUCGUCCAGAAGAAGCACGGACGAGUUUUGUUAUUGACGCGAAAGAAGAUGCACAUACAAUUCGCUGAUGUCUUUCUUACGAUCGGGUGUUUCUGUUUCAAGCAGACACGAAUAAUCAUAAAUGUGUUUUUGAUGAUGUGUUGUAGGUGAACUUGUUGCUUCUUCACUUUACGAUCACGCAUGUUGCAAAAGUAGAUUGCUGCACAAAAAACAUCAGCACGGUUGCAGAAUAAAUCAUGGCAACGUCCUGGGCAUCAUCUACGCGAGCAGGACGCUCUGAAGCGGCUCGCGCGGCCCUUGGAACAACAAGCGAGGCAUCGCGAAAGCGAUUCCGCAGUGAGGACGAGGACCUCCAUGGAGCAAAACAAACCAAACUCGAACAUCAUGUUCAUGGAAGUGGGGGUAUCGGCGACCGCGACGCACCACUCGUCGCGGCGGGGACGACUACGGGCGGAGGCAGCAGCUCCUCUACAGCAGCUUCUGCAAAAAUAAAUAGAGACUACGCCGGAAGUAGUACUAGAGAUGGCGCAGCUGCUCCCGGUACAACUAGCAGUUCCACCUCUAGCGGCGAGGAAUUCGAGCUCUCACUCGUGGAAUUGCGGCAGUUAUUGGAGACGCUGGAGUCUCCUUCGGUGGACCGGACCAGCAGGGAAUACAGCACCUGGGCGCGAAGCUUGGACCGGGAUUUCUCGAGCAAGUGGCCCGACAUGCUGCAGCAAGCUGCCAAUGCGGACAUGCGGGAUUGCCUCCUCCGCAUUCUCUUCUAUUUCGUGCGCUACAUGAAGGGCAACCGGUCGAGCAGGGGGGAGGGGCUGGUGGAGAUCCUGAAAAGAAUCGCGAUCGACGAGGAGCAGGAUCCGCACACGGGAGCGUUGAGUUCGUUUUCGACGUCAAGGAGCCCCCGCGGGGGGCUGAACCCGGAAGCACAACCCAGGCUGCGCGCGACGCGAAUCUUGUGGGAAUUGCAAAAGGAAAAAAUUCGCGAGGACAGCGAAAAGGAGCUAGAGCAGGGGAAAAAAUUGGAAACCAUGACCGUCGUUUUCACCGCAGACCUCUGCCCCGUCCUGCUGGAGCUGUUGACGCAAAUCGCGCCGCGAGAAAUCGACGAAUAUCUCGGGCCGUUAAUCCUGGAACUUUUCGACCACGGGCCGCCGGAGUGUGCGGAGGCGCUCGUGUCCCUGGCACUCAAGCACCCGCAGGGCAGGGUGUGGGGAGAGCACUUGGUAUGAAUGCACUUUUGCCACCCCAAAUUACAUUGAGAUGAUGAAUGUCGGCGAAACAAAAUGUUUUUGUUGCUUUCUACUAAACGGGACACGUAAUGGAAACUAGAAACCCGCACGAACUAUUGAAAUUUCGAUUUUCCUUCCUCCUAUUCCUAUUGGAAAUGAAUAUAAAACCAGCUCCAGCUCCUGAACCGGCGAACGCACAUCCGUGAAGCGUCACACAUGCUCCUUCGCAUCCUCCGGGCGGACACGAGGAACCACUUUCUCUACACGAACGACGCGGCGGUCAUGGUCGACGUGUUGAUAAGAGAAAGGUCCAGACGAGCCUGCUUGGACCUGCUCCGCCUUUUUCUGGAACGGAAUCUGGUCCCGCGGAAAAAGCACGCGAUCGAAGAAGCAGUCCGCGAGUCGGAGCAGGCAGGGGUAAUGAACACAACUGGGUCGCUGCUGCUUGGCGGACAGUCGUGACAGUGACUGAGGAUUCUUGUGCUGGUUCAUGCAAGACAAAAAACGCGUCAACGCAAAGGCAAAAAUGGAGGAACAUCGCGCUAUUAGUGGUUGAAAAAUUGCAAUGUUGAGAUCUUCUAGUUCUAUCAAACUCUACAGUCGUGCGCUACACCAGAGAGGGGCAUUUCGUCAAAUCGAAGCCUGCUCCGUGUUCCAAAGUGC